AUUAGAGAUUGACGUAAAGUAAGAAUAAAUAAUUGGGGAAACAAAGAGCAUAAAACUUUUUUAGAAUGCAUUCCCACUUCCCUUUUAUUCUCUUUAAUUUUGUUUUCAAAUCCAUUCAGAAAUUUUAGAAGUAAUAGAAAAAACAAAUGGCCGACCUCGACGGAACCAGAAACCAACUGCCACUCCUCCAGCACCACAAAGAGAAGCAUUUCACCGCCGGGGAGAUCGUCCGGGACAUAAUCAUCGGCGUCUCCGACGGCCUCACCGUCCCCUUUGCUCUUGCUGCAGGUCUAUCCGGUGCGAAUGCUUCCUCUUCCAUCGUUCUCACAGCCGGAAUCGCGGAGGUGGCGGCGGGCGCCAUCUCCAUGGGACUCGGCGGAUAUUUAGCGGCGAAAAGUGAAGCGGAUCAGUACAAGAAGGAGCUGAGGAGAGAAGAGGAGGAAAUCGUUUUAGUUCCUGAUACUGAAGCUGCAGAAGUGGGAGAUAUAUUGGAGCAAUAUGGAAUAGAAGCACAUGAAUAUGGUCCUGUUGUUAAUUCUCUAAGGAAAAACCCUCAAGCUUGGCUUCAUUUCAUGAUGAGGUUUGAGCUAGGAUUGGAAAAGCCAGAGCCAAAAAGAGCCAUACAAAGUGCCCUAACCAUUGCCAUUUCCUACAUAUUGGGAGGGUUAGUACCCUUGAUUCCCUACAUGUUUUUCCCCAAAGCCUCAGAGGCUGUUCUUGCAUCUAUUGCCUUAACUUUGGUAGCACUCUUAGUUUUUGGCUAUGCCAAGGGUUACUUCACCGGCAACAAACCCGUCAUGAGCGCCGUGCAAACCGCCCUCAUCGGAGCCAUUGCGUCAGCGGCCGCCUACGGCAUGGCCAAGGCCAUCCAACCACGUCAACCCUAGCUAAUUAAUUAAUGGUUGUUCAUAUAUGUUACACACUACCAUAAAGUAAUUUAAUUUACGUAUUCAAGUUUUGUGUACACACAUAUAUAAUCGUUAUUAUGUAUAUUUAGCAUCCAAAUGCAGAAUAAUAAUCGUUAUUAUGUGUUGUUAUGGUGAUGUCAUCGUU